AUGGUCACAGUCUUCCCUUUCGAUCAUCAAAACUGCAGUCUGAAGCUUCUAUCUUACUCAUUUUACAGACACGAAAUCAAACUACAAAAUGCUAUCUUUGAAGAUUUGGAUAUAAGCACUGUGGGUAAUGAUGAAUGGGAGGUUACCAAUAUCAUUUCCUGCAAUGAUCAGCUAAACAGUAGCAAUGGUGAAGCCGUUCAGCUGGGCCAAUCCCUGCGGUCGACAAAUUGCGAUAUUUGUGAGAGAAAUCCGAGCUACUAUAUUGCGCUUAUCAUCAUUCCAUCGUUCAUUUUGACUUUUCUAUGUGUGGCAGGGCUCUUCAGCUCGUCGUUGAUUGUGGACGAUCUGGAUAAGUUCUGCAUGGGUCUCACCACGAUAAUGUCUACUACGGUGAUGAUUGGCAUCGUUGCUGAGAACAUUCCAAAAACGAAGAUUAUUCCGAAUUUGAUUGUAUACGUCACCACAAAUCUCAUUAUUGUUGGCACAGCGAUUCUCAUCAUUAUUGUGCUGCCAAAAAUCAGCCAAUUUCUUGAGUGGAUUUUCAGAUGCUGUAAGUUGCGGUGUGCACGUCGUCAUUGUGGUAUACCUAUGGGCAUGAUGAACGCCGCGCUUCUUGUAAUCUUUGAGGGAUAUGUCAUCAAGAACCUACUCGAUCUCGUGGGAGGUGCAUUUUCGUGAAUGUCUUGAUCACAAAAUAUCAGGUUUCAAAAAUAAAUAGUACAGCGAGCCCUAGCACGAUAACCGCCCA